AUGGGUUUAGCUUCACAUGGGAGAAACCUUGCAUUUCAGAUUGGUAAUCCAAAAUCAAGGCUUUUGAUUCGGGUCCACUACUGCAGUUAUAAAUCAGAGAGUAAAAAACAAGAGGAUGAUGAAACAGUGAGGGAAUUCUGUACCAUUCUGAAGCGAAGCAGAGAGUGGGAGUCCGUGUUGAGCUCAUCAGGGUUUCCCAAGAAGCUAAACCCUUGUGUGGUUCGAUCCGUUCUUCAACAACACCACCAGGUUGGUGACCCAGAAAGACUUUUAAGUUUCUUUGAUUGGUCUGGUGCCCAAUUGGGUGUGCUCCCAAAUUUGCAUUCUUUUUCGAUUAUGGCUGUUGUUUUGUGUAAUUCCAAGCUUUUUGGGCAUGCCCAUGGUGUGUUGGAGAGAAUGGUUAGGACCCGGAAGCCGGCUUUAGAAGUUUUGGAUUGUGUUGUUAGGUGUUUUAGAGAGUUUGAGGGGUCUGAUAUGGUGGUUUUUGAGAUUUUGAUUACUGUGUUUACGAUGGGGGGUUGGUUUUAUGAGGCUGCUGAUGUGUUUUUGGGUGUUAGGAGUGUUGGGAUUUCGCCGAGAUUGGAAUGCUGUAAUUCUCUGUUGAAUGAGUUGUUGAAGGGUAAUAGGAUGAGGCUGUUCUGGAAAGUGUAUGAUGGGAUGUUAGAGGCUAAGAUUGAGCUGGAUUUUUACACUUAUAGCAAUGUGAUCAACGCACUUUGUAAGUUUGGGGAUGUUAGGCAGGGUAAGAGGCUACUGUUUGAGAUGGUAGAGAAGGGCUGUAAUCCGAAUUUGAGUACCUUCAAUGUGGUGAUUGAUGGAUUGUGUAGAAGUAGGGCUGUUCAUGAAGCCAUUGAGUUGAAAAAAUCGAUGGUUGAGAAGGGAUUGACACCUGAUAGGUAUACAUAUUCAAUACUAAUUGAUGGAUUGUGCAGACAGAAGAGAUCAGAAGAAGCAAAGUUGGUAUUGAACGAGAUGUAUGAUAUAGGUUUGAAUCCUGACCGCACCUUGUACAUUGCUUUGAUUGAUGGAUUCUUGAAAGAAAAUAACGUGGAUAAGGCCCUUAGGAUCAAAGAAGAGAUGGUCGCUCGAGGAGUUAAGUUGUGCGGUGUCACAUAUAAUGUGAUUUUUGCAGGGAUCUGUAAAAUAGGUAAGAUGGAGAAGGCAGAAUCUCUUUUGAAUGAGAUGAAUGCUAUGGGAAUUGAACCUAAUACCCAGACAUAUAACUAUUUAAUUGAUGGGUACUGUCGGGAGCAAAAUGUAAACAAGGCUUAUGCAUUACUUAAUGAGAUGAAGCAAAGGCUGUAA